AUGAUUGUGAAGGUCUUGUCACUUUUCCUGUGUCUUCAGUUGGUGGAUUCUUGUCGUUUGAGAUGUCGAAACCGAACCCAAUGUGAUGAUGGAUGGACCUAUUACAAACGAAAUACAACUGGAUGGUGUAUGAAAGUGUUUGUGGGAAAUGUAAACUUGACAGAAGCUAAAGCAGUGUGUUCUGGAGUUGGAGCUGUGAUGUCAUCAAUUGAUGACGGGAAGAUGUACAAUUCCGCUGCGAAUUUGCUAGCUUCUACGAGUGCUAGCUCAACUUGGCUCGGUGCAGAGUUGAAAUCUGAAUGCCAAUGUGGAGCAAGUCAAUGUCCUGUAACUAGUAAUUGUGGUCCGAAUGGAUAUUAUUGGACUGAUGGUUUUACGACUUCUAAUAAUUUAAUUUUGAACAAUCUAAUCGUGACGCAAAUAGAUGCAAAUGGCCAAAGCAACUAUGUAAUCAGGGAAGGUUUGACAAUUUUUAAUGGUGAGUUAGGACAAUAAAAUAAUAUGGAAGUUAAGCACAUUUCUAGGAGGCCUUGUUGCUCUUUCUUCCACAAAUCUCACUUCGGUGCUUUGUGGGAAACAGUCUGUUAAUUGA